GCCCAGAGAAUGUCCAGCCCCAGCAUAAAGGUCCCGGUGUCCAUGAGCUUCUGUCAGUCUGGAGGCCACACCGUGCACAAUGAGCACCUCUCGGGCACCCAGGAUGGGGUGUGUGGGAGGGCACGGGCUGAUGGCUUUGCUGCUGGCCAGUCUCAUUCUACCAGGAACCUUGGCAAAGAGCAUCAGGACCCUCUCAGACCCCUGUAAGGACCCCACGAGGAUCACCUCUUCCAACAACCCUUGUGUCAUUGGAAAGGCUGGCUCCAACAGCCUCAGCAGCCACGGUGGAUCCAGCAGUUCCCAGGGAGGUUCUUCAGGAUCUCUGAUUUUUAAACCAGGAACAGGGUAUUCCCAGAGCCCCUUUUCCUCUGGGUCUGGCUCCUUCCAGUCCGGAAGCAGCGGAUAUCAGUCUGGAAGCAGCGGAUCUCAGCAAGGAAGCAGCGGAUCUCAGCAAGGAAGCAGCGGAUCUCAGUCAGGAGGCAGCAGCUCCCACUCCAGCAGCUCCCAGUCAGGAAGCAGCGGCUCCCAGUCAGGAAGCAGCAGUUAUCAGACAGGAAACAGCCAUUAUCAGACGGGAAGCAGCAGUUCCCGAUGGGUAAGCAGCAGCUCUCAGUCUGGAAGCUCAGGAGGCAGCACCCGGGAGGGACCAGGAAGUGGCUCUGCUCUGCCAGUUGAUGACAACUCUUCCCGCCAGACCUCAGGCACCUUCCAGUCUGGAGGCUCUUACACUUCCCACAGCUCCGUGGUGUCUAGCAGCAUCUCCAACCAGCGGCCCUGUAGCUCCAACGUGCCCGACUCUCCCUGCAGUGGGGGUCCUGUCGUCACACACUCGGGGCCCUACAUCUCCAGCUCCCACACCGUCUCGGGCGGGCAGAGGCCUGUAGUGGUAGUGGUGGAGCAACACGGCUCCGGUGGCCCUGGAGGGUUUCAAGGCAUGCCCUGUAGCAACGGCGGCCCCUCGGGCAAGCCCUGUCCUCCCAUCACCUCUAUCCAGAAACCCAAUGGCGGCUACGAGGUAGUGGGAGGCUCCGCCAACAGUUACCUGGUCCCAGGCAUGACCUACAGUGGGGGUAAAAUUUACCCCGUGGGCUACUUCACCAAGGAAAACCCUGUCAAGGGCUCACCAGGGGCCCCCUCCUUUGCGGCUGGACCCCCAGUCUCGGAGGGCAAGUACUUCUCCGGCAAUCCCAUCAUCCCCAGCUACAGUUCUUCCAGUUCCAAUGCCUACCCAGCCUCGGGCAUCGUGUUCCAGCCCGUGGGCAGUGGCGGGGUCCAGCCCUGUGGUGUCGGUUCUAAGGGGCCUUGCUCUGGUUCGAGAAUUCAGAUCACUUCCAGCAGCUCCUCUACCUCCUUCCACCCCUGCGGCAGCGGUGCUUCCCAGGGGCCCUGCUCCCCACCAGGCACCGGCUCCAUCGGUGGGGGAAGCUCCUCCCUCUCCACCGGCAAAAUUAUCCUCCAGCCCUGCGGCAGCAAGUCUAGCUCUUCCGGCUACCCCUGCCUUUCCGUUUCCUCCUCCACACAGAAUGGAGGUCUGAAUGGCUCUCCUCAGUCUGUCCCCACCGUGGUGGUCAAGCCUUGUGGUCUCAACAGCCCUGGAAGGGUGCCCUGCCGUUCCAUCCGGGACAUUCUGGCUCAAGUGAAGCCUUUGGGGCCCCAGUUAGCAGAUCCGGAAGUUUUCCUGCCACAGGGAGAGCCACUUGACAAACCUUAA